AUGAACUGGAUGAACGCCGAGGAGAUGCUCCGCAGGGCCGAGACGCCUCUCUUCUGGGUCGGCGCGUUAACCGUGGCCUCCCUGGCGCUGUGGCUGCUCUACAGGCUGCUCUCGGGCUUCAGGAUCUGGGUCCUGGGAAACGGGCAGCUGCUCUCCCCGAAGCUGGGCAAAUGGGCAGUUGUGACGGGAGCCACGGAUGGAAUUGGGAAAUCCUAUGCGGAGGAGCUGGCUCGUCGCGGAUUUGCCAUGAUGCUGAUCAGUCGCUCCCAGGACAAGCUGGACUACGUGGCCCGGUCACUUGCGGAGCAGUUUAAAGUGGAGACCAGGACCAUUGCGGUUGACUUUGGCAAGACAGACAUCUAUCCCAAGAUCGAGGCGGGGCUGGCUGGUCUAGAGAUUGGUGUUCUUGUCAACAAUGUUGGUGUGUCUUACCCCUACCCUGAGUACUACCUUCACAUUCCUGAUCUGGACAACUUCAUCACAAAUAUGAUCAACGUCAACAUGACCUCAGUGUGCCAGAUGACCCGUCUGGUGCUGCCCAGGAUGGCUGAGAGGUCCAAAGGUGUUAUCCUCAACAUCUCCUCUGCCAGUGGAAUGUACCCCGUCCCUCUGCUCACAGUCUACUCUGCCACAAAGGCCUUUGUGGAUUUCUUCUCUCGUGGCCUUCAGGAGGAGUACAGGCGUCAGGGCGUCAUCAUUCAGAGUGUGCUGCCCUUCUUUGUGGCCACUAAGAUGACCCGUAUCAGGAAGCCCACCCUGGACAAGCCCACCCCGGAGCGCUAUGUGGCAGCUGAGCUCACCACUGUGGGUCUGCAGAGCCAGACCAACGGCUACUUCCCCCAUGCCGUCAUGGGUUGGGUGACCACCAAGCUGGUGCCGAGCAGCAUUGUUAUCUUCCUGGGAGCCCGAAUGAACCGUCUGCAGCGUACCGGAUACCUGCAUAGGAGGAAGCUGCGGGAGCAGAAGAAUGGAGCAAGUCUGAAGAGUGAAUAGGGAAGACGAUUGGCGAUUCUGCAGGGAACUCUCGCGCUGCUCUGACCCGGUGCAGUGUUUAAGGGAAGAGAGAGAGAGUUUCGUAUCUGUGUGAUUGAUUUUCCAGGGUUGCCUGAGAUUUCACCUUUUGUUCUUUCAGUAAAUAAACACAUCGCCGCUUAUGUAUGGCUUUGUGUUUUAAAAACGGCAAUCUGCCCUAAUGUGGUUCGUCUGGAGCAAAAUAGCCAAAGAAGGAAGGAGCUGAAAUGGUAAUAAAAUGCUGCUCUGGGCGAAUGACAUAAAUAUUUUUUGUUCCUGACACUGAUAGUGGAAUUUAUACAGCCAAAAAUGAGUGAUUUGUUAACCCUGCUGUUAUAAGCAGUGGAAAAUGGUGGUGGGCAUCUUUUUAUAAAUAUAUAUGUAUAAUUAUUUAUUUUAUAUUUGUAUGAACACAUGAACCAAACUCGCCUUUUUAAGACUAGCUUUCAACCUAGUCCUGUUUCACGAGUCAUUGAGCCAUUUAAAGAUGGCAAUUUCUGCUUUCUUUCAUGUCCGCUUACAUGCAUCGCUGAGCUGGAUUCAUCAACCAUUGGCUCUUUUUUUUUUUUUUUUUUUGUUGUUGUUUGUUUUGUUUUUUUUGUUUUUUGUUUUUUACUUUUCCCUUGAUUAUUGCUUGUUUACUGUAUAUUUAAAAUGAUACUUUGUGGUGGGUUGUUGUUACACCAGUGUAUCAGUUGUUCUAAACCAAAGUUUUUCAUAGUUAUCGUUCGACGCUGGUCAGAUCCAAGCAUUGAGCAGGGAACUACACAGUUGCUCAAUUUUCUGCCUCGUUUAAUCAAAAUGCAACCAAAGGAAAACUUUUUUUUUUUUUUAAGCUUAAUCUCUACACAUUGAGUUCAAUC